AUGAGGGUGACAAAGCGCAGGCUACAGUCUCUGACAGCACCGCUGAAACCACGUACGAGUGACAUCCAUCCCACUCCUUACUCAUGGAUCAACACUUGCACGCCAGGUCCAUCAACCGGUAAAUUGGCCGGUAUAUCAAUAGCUAUCAAAGAUAAUAUCUCAUAUGAUAAAGCACCUACCUCAUGCUCUUCAUCGAUAUUAAGGGAUUACGACCCACCUUACACUGCAACAUGUGUGCAAAAUCUCAUGGCGGAAGGAGCCCAUAUAGCGGGGCAGACGAAGAUGGAUGAAUUCGGGAUGGGCUCUCAGACAACCCAUCUACCACCUUUCUAUACCCCGGUUCAUAAUCCAGCUUCACCUUCGCCUGAUGAAACUCCAAGAUCAGCUGGAGGAAGUUCCGGUGGAUCAGCUGCGGCGGUCGCGGAGGGAAGAUGCUGGGCAGCAUUGGGCACAGAUACUGGUGGUUCAGUAAGAUUACCAGCUAGCUAUUGUGGAGUUGUAGGACUUAAACCUUCUUAUGGGAUGAUAUCGAGACGAGGUGUGAUUGCAUAUGCAGAUUCAUUGGAUUGCGUAGGUGUGUUAGGUAGAGAUAUAGACACAGUCGAACAAGUUUUCAAUGUGAUAACCAGACCUGACGAGGGAGAUAUGACCUGUGCAUCUUCCUCUAUACGAUUAAUCGCUUUUGACAUCUCACAGCGGCACCUGCCGCAUAAAGGUAUAGAGGGCCUACGUAUAGGUAUACCAUCAGAGAUCAAUCAGAAAGUAUCCUCUGGCCUAUUAGACUACUUGAAAGGCGAAGGAGCGAAAGUAGAAGAAGUGUCCUUACCAUCGAUCAAAAAGGCUUUACCGGCAUAUUACGUGUUAGCUUCUGCCGAGGCAUCUUCGAAUUUAGGUAGAUUUGGCGGAGGAUGGUUCGGAUCUCCCCCCGAACGGCAGAGUAGGAUAGAAGGUGAAUCUGGCGAGGAGAGGCGAAAGAGGAUAAGGACAGAAGGGUUUGGAACGGAGGUGAAGAAGAGGAUAUUGGCCGGAACAUGGGCUUUGAGUGCGGACGAAUUUGACAAUACAUACUUGAAAGCAUUACAUCUGCGACAACUCCUACGAAAAGAUUAUCGAAACAUCUUCCGAAUACCUCACCCUCUAUCUCCAUCAUCAACUCCACAGAACCAGGCUGGGGUAGACGUGAUCCUUCAUCCUACGGCUAUACGUACUGCUCCGGUACUAGGCGUCAAGGAAGCGAAGAGCUCAAACGAGUAUCAGCAGGAUUUGCUGACAGUACCGGCGAGUCUUGCUGGAUUACCAUGCAUAUCGGUACCAGCCGGGGAAGGGCAAGAUGGAUGGCCGUUAGGAGUCAGUCUGACGAGUCAAUGGGGUAUGGAAGGGUUGGUGUUCAGGCUGGGAAAGGCCGUCGAACAGUGGUCGAAGAGGCAGUAA